CUGGCAGAUUUCUAAUGUUGGUUUCUGAUGUCUUUCCUCUAGCGGAGAAUGCAGGUCUUCCUUGGAUGAGACCCCACUAAGAAAUGGUUCACCAUCUCCCAGCAGUCACACUUCUCGGAGCAGAAAGAACAGAUCUUCAGACCCCAGUGGCAUGAACAAAGUCUCUGACAUUAAAAGGCCAGGAGGAUGUCCCUAACUGAUGAGCUGGAGAGCCACUUUUCUGCAACCCCCUUCAUGGUGACAGACACAAGCGAUGGCAGCCUGUUCAGAAUCAGACCCAAUGCCUCUGCCAACGCCACUGGGGAUGGUGUGCCAGCCACCAGUUCCAUGGAGGACAUGAUCGCCAUCUGCACCAUCGGGACAAUCCUCUCCCUCAUGUGUGUUAUUGGGGUGACAGGCAAUGUCUACACCUUGCUGGUGAUGUGCCAUUACUUGCGAUCAUCUGCCUCCAUGUAUAUUUACAUCAUCAACCUUGCGCUGGCGGACCUGCUCUACCUUCUCACCAUCCCCUUCAUCGUUGGGACCUACUUCAUUCAGAAGUGGUACUUUGGGGACAUUGGCUGUCGCAUCCUGUUCAGUCUGGACUUCCUCACGAUGCAUGCCAGCAUCUUCACCCUCACAGUCAUGAGCACAGAGCGCUACUUUGCUGUGCUGAAGCCCCUGGACACAGUGAAGAGGUCCAAGAGUUACCGAAAGGCCAUUGCCGUUGUCAUCUGGCUGGUGUCACUGCUGCUCACUCUCCCGAUGCUCAUCAUGAUCCAGCUGGUGCAAAGGGACAACAAAAGCAUCUGCCUGCCCACUUGGAGCAAGCUUUCCUACAGAGUCUAUCUCACAAUCCUUUUUGGUACCAGCAUCGUGGGUCCAGGGGUAAUCAUUGGCUACCUUUACAUCCGAUUAGCUAAGAUUUACUGGGUGUCACAAACAGCAUCCUUCAAGCAGACCAAGAGGCUGCCAAAUCAAAAGGUGCUCUAUUUAAUCUUCACGAUAGUGCUGGUGUUCUGGGCUUGCUUCUUGCCUUUCUGGAUAUGGCAGCUCCUCUUCCAGUAUUACGAAUCCUUCCCUUUGUCUCCCAAGGUGAUGAAGAACAUUAAUUAUCUGACAACCUGUCUGACCUACAGCAACAGCUGUAUCAACCCUUUCCUCUACACCCUGCUCACCAAAAACUACAGGGAGUACCUGAAGAACAGGCAGCGGUCCCUCAACAGCAGCAGUGGGUACUUCCAAAGGAGGAAUCGGUUUCAGAGGAUUUCAGGAAGAUCCCUGUCCACGAGCAGCCAGCACUGCACAGAGACGUACGUUCUUGCUCAUGCUCCUUUGGGAAACAGCAGUGCCUGAAGGUAAAAUAUAUCUCCAAGACCAAUCAAUAUUGACUUCAAUGUUGCUUUGAUUUAAAGUGUACAUUGUAAAGGCAAAGCCUCAGCAGAUCCGUAAUGUGCACACAUUUAGUCCAGAGGCUGUGCCAUAUGUCUGUUCUCAUUUUCUUCAGCGCCACUGAUGUGAUGCUAGCUGAACAUCUAUCUAAAUAGCCUUUUGCUUUUUAUCUUUACAUUUUAGUGUACGUUUCCUCAAGUAGCCAUCAAUAAUGAAAGCCUAUAAUAGGGCCAUGUUUUUAAUGGUAUCAGCUGUC